GCAGCCAACAUCUUUCCCAUUUGCGUGCUCUUGAGGCCCUCGGUUCCGCAUCUCGAAGAUCACAUUGUCAAAUUCAGUGUCUACGGCUGGGGUAAGACGGAGUCUGGACAAUCAAGUCGAUUACUUCGAAAGACCACACUCUAUAACCUGAACCGGACCUCUUGUGGAAGUCAGUAUCCGGAUGCGAAUAUCAAUCGCGAUCAUAUCUGUGGUCAACGCUUUGGUUCAAGCACUUGUAAUGGUGACUCUGGCGGUCCUCUGGGUGCUAGGAUAAUAUAUAAUCGCCAGGAUAUAAUGGUCUUGUUUGGAAUAGUAAGCUUUGGAGGAGAGCUCUGCGAGAAUGCCACUGUCUUUACGAACGUUAUGGCCCAUUUGAAUUGGAUUCGUAACAUUGUUCGCCUGGGAGGGACGUUCUAGAA